AUGUCCCACGCAGCAUUAUCCUGGUUGACCAAAUUGGACAUCUCCGAAACCCCCGACAAGGUCUUACGUCGUUCCUCCAUCAUCGGUACCAUUGGUCCUAAGACCAACAGCGUGGAGAUGUUGGUCAAGUUGAGAAAGGCCGGUUUGAACAUCGUCAGAAUGAACUUCUCGCACGGUUCCUACGAAUACCACCAGUCGGUCAUUGACAACGCCAAGAAGUCCGAAGAAGUGUAUAAGGGCCGUCCUUUGGCCAUUGCCUUGGACACCAAGGGUCCAGAAAUCAGAACCGGUACCACCAUCGACGACAAGGACUACCCAAUUCCCUCCAACCACGAGAUGAUCUUCACCACCGACGAAGAGUACCUCAAGAAGUCCAACGACAAGAUCAUGUACAUCGACUACAAGAACAUCACCAAGGUCAUUGAGGUCGGAAGAAUCAUCUACCUCGACGACGGUGUGUUGUCGUUUGAAGUCAUCGAAAUCCCUGACGAAAAGACCUUGAAGGUCAGAUCUGUCAACGCCGGUAAGAUCUGCUCCCACAAGGGUGUCAACUUGCCAGGUACCGAUGUCGACUUGCCAGCUUUGUCCGAAAAGGACAAGGCUGACAUCCGUUUCGGUGUCAAGAACGGUGUCCACAUGAUCUUUGCCUCUUUCAUCAGAUCCGGUGACGACAUCAAGGAAAUCAGAAAGGUCCUCGGUGAAGACGGUAAGGACAUCCAGAUCAUCGCCAAGGUCGAAAACCAACAAGGUGUCAACAACUUCGAUGACAUCUUGGCCGAAACCGACGGUGUUAUGGUUGCCAGAGGUGACUUGGGUAUCGAAAUCCCAGCUCCUCAAGUGUUCGUGGUCCAAAAGCAAAUGAUCGCUAAGUGUAACUUGGCCGCUAAGCCAGUUAUCUGUGCCACCCAAAUGUUGGAAUCAAUGACCUACAACCCAAGACCAACCAGAGCCGAAGUCUCUGAUGUCGGUAACGCCAUCUUGGACGGUGCUGACUGUGUCAUGUUGUCUGGUGAAACCGCCAAGGGUAACUACCCAAUCGAAUCGGUCUCCAUGAUGCACAACACUGCCAUCAUUGCUGAAAAGGCCAUUGCCUACCAACAAUUGCACAACGAGAUCAGAUCCUUGGCCAAGAGACCAACUCCAACCACCGAGACCUGUGCCGUUGCUGCUGUCUCUGGUGCCUACGAACAAGACGCCAAGGCUAUUGUUGUGUUGUCCACCUCCGGUUUGUCCGCCAGAUUGGUCUCCAAGUACAAGCCUAACGUUCCAAUCAUGAUGGUCACCAGAAACGAAAGAUCCGCCAGAUACUGUCACUUGUACAGAGGUGUGUAUCCUUUCAUCUACACCAAGGACAAGGUUGAAAACUGGCAAGAAGAUGUUGAAAACAGAUUGAGAUGGGCUGUUUCCGAAGCCAUUGACUUGGGUAUCAUCAGCAAGGGUGAUUCCAUUGUCACUGUUCAAGGUUGGACCAGGGGUUCCGGUCACUCUAACACCGUUAGAAUUGUCCAAGCUUAA